UCGGGGGCGUGUCUACGCAGCUGCGGUGUAAACGCCGGCGCUCACGUGCCGGACAUGGCGGCUGACUCUCUUCCUCCGUCCGUAAUGGCUCAGCCGGGGACUCUGAACCUCAAUAACGAGGUUGUAAAGAUGAGAAAAGAAGUGAAGCGAAUCCGGGUUCUUGUCAUCCGAAAACUUGUCCGAAGUGUUGGCAGACUGAAGUCCAAAAAGGGCACUGAAGAAGCACUGUUGAAAAACCAAAGGCGGGCCCAAAGGUUGCUUGAAGAAAUCCGUGCCAUGAAGGAAUUGAAACCUGAUGUCAUAACUAAAUCUGCUCUUGGUGAUGAUAUCAACUUUGAAAACACUUGCAAAAAGCCAGAUUGUACUGCAACUGAAAGAGCAAUUGCCAGAUUAGCAGUUCACCCUCUUCUGAAGAAAAAAAUUGAUGUGCUAAAAGCUGCUGUCCAGGCCUUCAAAGAUGCAAGGCAGAGUGCUCCGGAGGCUGAGUCGUCUAAGAGUUCUUCAGAGGAAAGCCGGUGUAAGGACAUUGCAAGGUCAAAGGAUGAUGCAAGUGAGUCACAGCAUCCUGAGAGAACUGUUGUCGCUGAGCAGAAGGGGAAGGGUGCCAAUGCAGCCGCAAAGAAGGCAGGAAGUGGUUCAAAAGAAAAAAUGGCCAAGAUGGAACAGGGACCCAAAGCAGUGGCUACUCCCUGUUCUCUGGGGAAGCCUUCAGGAGAUGGUGCUGGGGUUAAAUCUGAACACCAGGGGGCCCCAGCCCCAGGGGACAACAACCAGGGGAAAGCAUCAGCCAGGACCACAGAGGACAGUGUACCUGAACCGGCUGACGACAGUGGCAGUGAGGAGGUGGUGAGCGAAGAGGAGAAGGAAUAUUUUGAUGACAGCACUGAAGAACGGUUCUACAAACAGUCUUCUGCAUCCGAGGACAGCGACAGUGGUGAUGACUUCUUCAUUGGAAAAGUCAGACGGACACGAAAGAAGGAGUGUGGUAUCCAUUCCUCAGCUAAGGAACAAAAGCCCCUCCCAAAAGUGUCUUCCAAUACAAAUACACUUGAAACCCAUUGGGAUGUAAGAAACGAUAAACAUACACUGAUUCCGGAAGCCAGGAAGUUAGAAUCCGUGUUUUUCCACUCUUUAUCUGGACCUAAAAGCUCCAGAAGGGACCCCAGAGAACAGGCCCCCAAGAAUAAAGCCCCAGAUUUUCCAGAAAAUGAACCUCCAAUCAAGAACCAGUUUACAAAGCGUCCACACAGAGGAUUUGAGAGUGUGAAGCCUCAGCUGCAUGCACCUCUGCAUCCUUCCUGGGAAGCAAGCAGGAGGCGGAAGGAGCAGCAGUCCAAAAUCACUGUGUUUCAGGGAAAGAAAAUUACAUUUGAUGAUUGAUUGCUUGCUGCCUCUUUCCAAGCUUUCUGUCAAAAUUUUUGGUUUUGUUUUUAACUAGCCUGUUAUUUAAACUUCAGUUCAAAGUCUCUUUGAAAGAGUUAUAAAAUACAUUGUUUGUUUUUCUUUUUUAUGUGAAUUCGGGGAAUAUUUACAUAAUCUUUUUACAGAUCUCUAAAUUUGUUUCAUAAGAGUGCUUGCCCCAAAUUAUUUCUUACAUAAAGUAAUUUAAAUAUUACGGAAUUUUAGAUUUUCUCAUUCAUGAUUACAAAAUAUAUUUUGCUAGUUAAGCUUUGCCUUUUGCCUUGAAAAUACGGCAAAAAGGGCUCAAGAGAUAGCUCACUUCCUGAGGCCUGAUGACCUGAGUUUGACCUCUGAGAUUUCUCUUGGUAAGUGCAGUACUAGCUCACAAAAGUUGUUCUCUGAUUGCACAUGCAGUGUGGCACGUGCAUAUGCUCACACACACACAAUAAACUUAAUAUAAAAAAUGUUACGACAUCUUUAAAAUAAUAGUGGGAAAAUAAAUUAGAACUAAAGUUAUUUUUAUAAGCAAAACAAAUGACAAUUUUUAUUGUGGAUAUAGAAAUAAUAUAUAAAUAAAUUAUUAAUUUGUCAUAGUUGCAGUUACUUGUGACUUAUCUUUGCAGUGUUUAAGCAAUUUGCUUAUGUGUAGCAACACAACCAAAAAUUAAAUUCUAAGUACCUCUGCAGUAUUUUCAUUCAUUGAAGAAGAAUGGGUAGGUAGAGCCCUAGGUUUUUCUGUCCAUAGACCAAGUUCAGCAUACAAAUGUUCAUGGUACGGAAAAGUUAGGCAUGGUGUCUAGUCACUUAGCCAUAUAUUGGGGUACAGCACUGGUAAUUGAAUCUAGGGCCUCAUGCAUUCUAGGUCUUGUAUGUGCUGUAGUACUGAGGAUCUUGCUGUGGGGCUCAAGCGGGCUUGGAUUUUUACUGUCCCACUACUGGAGAUGCAGGUAUUUUUUCUUGUAUUGAGAUGUAGAAGAGGAGGGAUUGAAAUGGCUAAGUAGAGGUUCUUUAACUCCUAAAGAACCACCUACUUCAUACAGUAGAAGUUACUACUCUAAAGGAAAAGAGGUUUUUAAAAGAUCUUCAACUAUUUGCUUUUGUACUCCUGUGGAAGACAAGAAACAUCAUUAGUUAAUUAAACAGUGUUAACUGAA